UCCUCCGUUCUCCUUUCUCUCCCCCAGGUACCUACUGACCUUCCUCACAGAGUUCUGGAUAGAGAAAAACAAUCCUCAGAUCUCCUUUCUCUCCCCAGGUACCUACUGACCUUCCUCACAGAGUUCUGGAUAGAGAAAAACAAUCCUCCGUUCUCCUUACUCUCCCACUCACGUUGCCACUUCUGAGUCAUUCCCUCUGCUAUGAUGCGCCUACAUUCCAUCCUCCCUAACGGGACCACCACAUCUACCUUCUCCCUCUUCAGAGCUGCCUUAGCUUCCUUAUCUGCUGCUUCAUUUCCCCCUAACCCCUACAUGGGCUGGGACUCACAGAAAACAUACCUUACACACCCUUUCUGCCCCACCCCAUAAAGUGCCAUCAGUAGCUCGAUUAACAAAUAUUUGGAUGUGCCCUAGACUUCCAUUCGCUCAGUACAACCAGGAGAGUGGCAGACUCUGAACACAAAAUUACCCUGUCAGGCCCCACUUCUUCCACCCACUACAGAGGCCCCAUUAGUGAUAGCAUUUAAUCAGAAAAGACUGAAAGUCCAUCAGAAAGCUGCUUACCCUAGUGUAUUUGAAACUGGGAAACAUGUAUUCCAAACCCUGCUCUCUCACUACCCGGGACUCCACGCCCACUGUAAAUGAGCCUCAACCACCCCAGAAGAAUCUCCAAAGUCCUCAGCCUGCAUUUCAUCUAAAGUUGUCAUGUCAACAGCCAUCAUGUCAACAUCCCCCUCUUCCUGUCCCCCCAUUCCUGCAUUUGGGUCACAUACUAGGGGGACUUCCUGGUUCUGAGAGAAAUCGAGAUAGAGAGAGAUUUUGUGGAGUGGCACAUUUUUCUACCUCUAACUCUGUAUUGCCCGCUAUGCACCACCACACCAUCCUUGCAAGGAAAUCUGGGCAAACUGUAAAGGCGCUUAGCUGAUUCUGGUAGAUGAAUUGCCAUGUUAGCUCACAAGGUUUAACUCACUCGGACUGAUGUCUAAUAAAGCAGUUGGUGGCUGACCUGACCGGAGUAUCUACAUGUAAACCUACUAGAAAACUCAAUGGUAAGAGAACUGUAAAUUAAAGUCACCCAUUACAAUACCUUGUAGCAGUGGUUAGAGAUAGUUUAUAGUUCUUUACUAUUGAGGGUGUUGCAACAUUAUUACCCAGUAUCUAUAUAUGAAAUUACUCAAUAGCACCAUGGUAAGAUAUCUGUUGGAGAGAGAUCUGUUGGACGGAGCUCAUUGUGGCCUUGUGUCCCAAAGAGAUGAAGAGAGGAUUAUUAACUAUUAAGUUAAUUUCACAGUAUGAUGAAGAGAGGAUUAUUAUCUAUUAAAUGAAUUACACAGUAUGAUGAGGAGAGGAUGAUUAAAUAUUAAGUUAAUUACACAGUGUGAUGAAAGACGAUUAUUAACUAUUAAGGAAAUUACACAGUAUGAUGAAGAGACGAUAAUUAACUAUUAAGGUAAUUACACAGUUUGAUGAAGAGAUGGUUGUUAACUAUUAAGGUAAUUACACAGUAUAUUAUAAUUGUUUUCAAACAUUGUACAAGCAAUUGCCAGAAAUUACCUGCUACUAUCAUGUUAUUUCUAGGCAAAUGCAUCAUAAUUAAUGUACUGUAGAAUAAAAUCUUAUAUAAAAGCUCUUUCCUAUACCAUCUACUUAUUUUAUGGUUCGAAAGGGAUUCCAUAAUCGGUAUAUAAUAGAUUUAUUCCUAUAUGGCUGACAGGUGAAACUGACAGAGAUGUAGAAGCUGAAAGCUUUCCUCUCCUCUCAGUCUAAUGGGGUUUUAAGUAUUGGCCUUUAUGGAUGCUAAUGUUUGCUAAUGAUGACAGAUCCAGGAGAACUGGCCGGUGUGUCUGUGUGUGUCUGAUCAGGUCAUCCACGCCUUGUGGUUUACUGUCAAGCUAGAUGUUGUUGAGGAGUCUGAAUUAUGAAAUCAUACAUUUUUAAUCUGUUUUCUCCUUUACACACUCAAACACACUUUUGUCAUCUGACAGCCUAAAAGAAACACUCCCACACUCCAUCACACACAGAGAUAUAUUGUGCCAACCUUUAUUUUAGGCUAGUGUAUGAUUAAUAUGAUUAGCCUACAUGUAGCCUCUAGUUUGUGUUGACAUUUCAGGUGUCAUCAAGCUAUUCUAUUCGGGGAGAUUAUACUUAGUUGAAUGGAUGCUUUUUUGAGGCUCCUUUGGGGACUUAGGGACGAGUGAGAGGAUGACCUGGUUUCUAAUUUUCUACUCUCAGCCUGGUCUGUAGCUACCCAUUUUAACAGAGCUCAUCCAGGCAGAUGAGAAUUAACUGUGCAGUGGAUUGGAUCUUUCUUUCCAAAGGAAUAUCGUCCUUUUAUUAAUCUGCAGACAAUAUGAUAACUCAGGUUGUUUUGCGAUUCUCAAAGCCAGUGCUGUUCUUCUAACGGAGGUGCUGCUGUUGAAAUUCAACUCUUCUCUGUCCAGAGAUAACAGGUGAUAUUGGCUCAUGGCCAGCCUGCAACAGGAGUACCCCCUGGUCCUGCUGGGUAUUCUGGAGGAGCUGGCCGCUAUGCGCCACUGGCUCUCCUUCCAGGAUCUGUGUCGAAUGGUCAGCACCCGCUUCGACCUGCAGCACCUCACAGAGCUUAGGAGCCUGCUGUUCUCCGCAGCCUGCCGUGACCCAUGUUUCCCCGCCACCCUCUUCAGAGACAGGGUCACCCCCAAGGGACUGGGGACAUCCCCGAUAGGCGUGGCAGCUGACAUCGUCACUAUAUUCAACCUCAUUCAAAUGACGGGUGGGGCUCCCGAUGAGGCCCAGGCUGCUCAGCCAAUAAAAGCCAAGUCCCCCCCUCACAUCGACCAAUCCCCAGAGCCCUCUUUGCAAAGCUCUUUGCCCAUCACUGACGAAGUGAGAUUCUCCAGUUGUGAUAGGGUGUGCACACUUUCAGACUCUCAGACCAUCUCAGGCCCCAUCGACCCAAGCUUGCUCUGGCCCAAAUCAAAUUACUCGUUCCGCAAGCGCGCCAGUCUCCCUCCUGAUCCCCUCUCUCUUGUCUCCUCAUCCCCUCCGAGCCGUGCCAGGGCUGUGUCUUUCGACUGGCGCCACAACACCCCACUGUUCGCUGGCAGCGGCAGCAUCCCAGGCAUGCAGAGCAUCUACCUCCCCCUGGAGACGGACAGCGAGUCCUCCAAAGAUUCCCUGAGCGGAGACUCAGCACCCAGAGAUCCCGGAUCGGAGCCGGGAUCGGAGCCGGGAUCACAGCCGGGAUCGGAGCGGCAUUCCUGCAUGAAGAAGAGAGAUAUCUUCAAGAAGAACUUCCACAACCAGUCGCAACUGGUUCCUCAGGUGACCAUCAGUACUGAGUCUCAGACUCCAAGAGGAGGAGUAGGACGAAGAGGGAGGCAGGAACUGUUUUCCAACCGCAGCUUUGAACUGCUAUCCAACCCGUAUCCUUCCCCCACUGUUGGUCGGUCUUCGCCGGAGCGCCGGGCCAAGCAUGAAAGCUUGGAGGACCUCCAGGACUCCACAUACUUUGGCCCAGGGGAUACUAUUCAAGAAUGGUCCUCCCUCCACCUCCAACCCCCCAGGGCCCAGAGGCCAGGGUGGGCCGACAAGAGCCUGAGUCUGGACGACAGGGAGGUGGGCUUAGCGGGGGUGGGUUUGGAUGGCUCCGAGGGCUCUCUUCAGGUUAGACUCACUCCUAGCCCCACUACAAACAACGUUGGUGGUGGGUUGUCCCCUCCAAAGGGAUGGGAGGGGAACACCAUUCCCGCACUUGGAGGAGGGGGGUUGACGGCCUACAGCAGGGGCACCCAGACCGACACCAUGCCGGACCCCCGGCGCCUGCGGAGCCUAGUGCACGCCGACCGCCUGUCCUUCAUGACCUCGAUGGAUGACCCCGACAUGAUGGGCGAGGAUGACAUCAGCGCCAUCUUCCGCUUCCUGGAUGACAUGAGCAUGUGCGGCUCCACGGGGGUCCUCCACCCCCACGACGUGGGCCCCUCGGCAGCCCAGGACACACCAGAGGCACGACGUGGCCGCCUGGGCCAGCUCCAGAAGCUCUUUCACUCCCUGGAUGGCAGCGACGAUGGCGGCCUCAAGGCCAGCGUAUGUAAACUCCUCCUGAGAAUGGGCCAGAUCGAGAGACGCCUGGAGUCGCUGUCCGAGGUCAAGGCCGAAAUCUCCCAAGUUCUUUCCUUCCUCCAGCGACUGGAUGAGAAGAUACAAGAGCAGGCCAUUAGAGGAGGAGGAGGGAGUGGAGGUAGGUGGCUGGGACCGCCCAGCGGUGGUGGGUCUUCCCUGGGUAGCCUGAGCCAUUCGCUCACUCCUGGGUCUGGUGGCUCCUCGGAACCCCAGCCCCUGUCUGUGUCUGGGCAUUCGUUUGGCAGCCUGGACUUCAACCAGUGGGGUAGCAGCCAAGGGAAGACAGAGACAAACGGAGGUCUGAGCGAGACCGAAGGGGGGAAGAAGGGGGUGCUCUCUCGGCUGGCCUCCUCCAAGCCUGAGGAGAAAAAUGGCGUAGACUCCAAACGGCCGAGCGUCGUCUCCAACUUGUCUGCGCGGGAUUGGACGGUGUCGUUCUCGAAAAGUAAAGAUGGGAAGGCCCAGCCCGGGAAAAAACGACAGAUGGACCAAUCAAAGAACUCCGCCCAGAGUCAUAAGCUCCCCCUUCAAAAACACUCCCACCUGGUGGAGCCAGUAUUCAGUUCCUCUCUCUUGCGUCAUAAGGGUGGCGGGUUGACCAAUCCUGGGUUGUCCUCUGGGCUGCCCUGUGACCCCAGAUUGGCUGGGGGGAGAGGAGGAGCCCCGGUCUGGACCGUGGAGGACAGAGAGGCCAGAAUGUCCCCUCUGGAACUGCAGGCCCAGGAGUCUCUAAACCCCAAUAAUCUGGAGUUUUGGAUGGAGGACAUCUACACGCCAGGUUACGACACACUAUUGAGGCGCAAAGAGGCUGACCAGCGCAGAGCCAAAGCCUGCAAGCUGGGGGCGCUCAUCUUCACAGCCGUUACCAUAGUCCUUGUCAUCGUCAUCCCCAUCGCCACAAUGAGCUCCUGAGGCUCUGACAGGAAACCUCCAAACAAAGACUGACAUGAUUGGUUGAUUAGCGAUGACGAGAUGCAGGGAUUCUGAAGUCUGAAUGCAGUGUUUAUCUGAUAUAUAACCAUUUUUUCAUAUAACGAUGUAGGGGACUAGUAUGCCCUACAUAUACCAUGCUUUGCACCACUUCUCCCAGGAGAGAGUAAUAACAAAAGACAAAGCUAAACUAAUGCAAACUCUUUGUGAAUCCCCAUGUUAUCACAGUCAGUUAUGCCCUUGAGUGCUAUUUUGGCCUUAUCCUUUUGCCCACAAACCCUACAGGGCUCAUUUCUUUCAAGCACAACUGAAAAAAUUCUAAAUUGUAAAAAGCACAGCAUUUGUGUGGGUCUACUGUCUAACUUUGAAUGCCUUUGUUUCUCAUUAAGCAGUAUGGUGCAGUAAGUUAUGUUGAAUAAAACAACUUUGUUGUCAUAGUGGUUUUUCAAGAGUGGGAAAUCUGUGAUUUCUGCUAUUUUUCGCUGGCUAAGGCAAUGUAUUUGUUUCAUGAGAUAUGCCACCCCUGUUUGCAGGGCCGGUCCUUGCUGUUCUGUGCCCUAGGCAAGACCAAAAAAUGCCAUCCCCCAAAACUAGAAUAGUGCCAGUAAGCAAAAUCACAUUGAAAAGACAUCUAACAUGUGUAUUUUCCAGACAUAGAAGUUAGUUUCAAUUUAGGUCUGAAUGAAAGGUGAAAAUAUGUAUUUUCCAUACGUUUAAAAUACACAUUUUCCAGGACAUUGAAAAGGCAUAUUUUCCGGAAGUUGAAAAAUACAUAUUUUCCUGACGUUGAAAUAAGGUUUAUUUUCGGUUCUAUUGAAAGUUGAAAAUACUUAUUUUCCGGAUGUUGAAAAUACUUAUUUUCCGGAUGUUGAAAAUACGUAUUUUUAGGAUGUUGUUUGUUAACAUGACAGUAAAAAAAAAAUAGUUUA